UCGCCGGGAAUAACAGUCUUUGUUAUUUUAUUAGCAGGAUGCCUUGAGACACACGCAGCAUCUGGUGGAGGAUUACCAUACAUACAUGUGUAUGUAUGCGUCACGUAUAUAUUUACUGCAAAUGGUGGGGAUCGCUUAGUGCCCGAGAUGGGAGACCUGAAGUCAGGUUUUGAAGAGGUGGAUGGCGUGAGGCUCGGCUACCUCAUCAUUAAAGGAAAGCAAAUGUUUGCCCUCUCCCAAGUCUUCACGGAUCUGCUGAAAAACAUCCCGAGGACGACCGUGCACAAGCGCAUGGAUCAUCUGAAAGUGAAAAAGCACCACUGCGAUCUGGAGGAGUUGCGGAAACUCAAGGCAAUCAACAGCAUCGCCUUCCACGCCGCCAAAUGCACGCUCAUCUCCCGGGAAGACGUAGAAGCGCUCUACACCUCCUGCAAAACCGAGCGUGUCCUCAAGACCAAGCGCAGGAGGGUCGGCCGGGCCCUAGCCACAAAGGCGCCGCCGCCGGAGCGCGCCGCCGCCGCCGCCAGCCCCCGCCCGGGUUUUUGGAAGGACAAGCACCAACUUUGGCGGGGCCUGAGCGGAGCCGCGCGGCCCCUGCCAAUCAGCGCGCAGUCCCCGCGCCCGGGCGCCGCCGCCGCGCGCCCUGCCGCCCAUCUACCUCAGAUUUUUAGCAAAUACCCGGGCUCGCACUACCCGGAAAUCGUGCGCUCGCCUUGCAAACCCCCUCUAAACUAUGAAACUGCCCCGCUCCAGGGAAACUACGUCGCUUUCCACUCGGACCCUGCUUAUUUUCGGAGCCUGCUGUGCAGCAAGCACCCGGCCGCCGCCGCCGCCGCCGCCGCCGCCGCCGCUGCCGCCGCUGCCGCCGCCGCCGCCGCCGCCGCCGCUUACUACCAGGCUUCGGCGGCCGGGCCCCAGCCCAAGGCGUCGGCUGGUUCCGGAGGCCCGGUGAGCCUGACCUACCGGUGCAAGCGCAAGCGCGGGGGCGCCAAGGACUGCCUGCUCGCGCCCCACGCCGGCGCCCGCCGCCUGCUGCUGCUGCCCAGGUCCUACAAAGCCAAGGCGGCGGCGGCGGCCGCCGGGGCCACUUGCCUGGAGAGGUUUCAUCUGGUUAACAGCUUCUGCCCGCCUCCCCACCACCAUCACCACCACCACCACCACCACCACCAUCACCACCACCACCAUCACCGGGCCCAGCAGCCGCAGCAGAAUCACCACCCCCCUCAUCACCACCGGCCGCAGCCCCAUCUGGGCAGCUUUCCCGAGAGUUGCAGCAGCGACUCCGAGUCCAGCUCCUACUCGGACCAUGCAGCCAACGACUCAGAUUUUGGCUCCAGUUUGUCCAGCUCCAGUAACUCUGUGUCCUCGGAGGAAGAGGAGGAGGAGGGAGAGGAGGAGGAGGAGGAAGAGGAGGAGGAAGAGGAGGAGGGGGGCAGUGGGGCCUCGGAUUCCAGUGAAGUCAGCUCGGAGGAGGAGGACUCGUCCACGGAGUCGGACUCCAGCUCCGGCUCCAGCCAAGUGUCAGUGCAGAGCAUCCGUUUCAGGCGCACCAGCUUCUGCAAGCCUCCCAGCGUGCAAGCGCAGGCCAACUUCUUGUACCAUCUGGCCUCUGCCGCCGCUGCAACCAAACCCGCUGCUUUCGAGGAUGCCGGCAGACUUCCCGACCUCAAGAGUAGUGUCAAAGCGGAGUCGCCGGAGGAGUGGAAUCUGCAGAGCUGGGCCCCCAAAGCGUCUCCGGUGUACUGCCCGGCCAGCCUGGGGAGUUGUUUCACAGAGAUAAGGAACGAUAGGGUAUCUGAAAUUACAUUCCCACACUCUGAAAUUUCCAGUACUGUAAAGAGAACUGACCUGACAAUUAACUGCCUGGCGGAGGGGGCCUCUUCACCUAGCCCAAAGACAAACAAUGCAUUUCCACAACAAAGAAUACUCCGAGAGGCUAGGAAAUGCCUACAAGCAACUCCUACUACACACUGUGCAGAUAACAACACAAUAGCUGCUAGGUUCUUAAGUAAUGAUUCUUCAGGAGCAGCAGCAAAUUCAGAAAAAGAUUCCAAAAUCCCUCAUUGUACUGAAUUUGCUACGGAUUUGCCCUCUUCGCCCACUGAUCCCGAGGUGGAUGCAGCAGCAGCAGCAGCAGCAACUAAAGCCGAGAAUCCCUGCACUGACACAGGCGACAAGACAUUGCCAUUUCUGCACAAUAUUAAAAUCAAAGUAGAAGACAGUAGUGCUAAUGAAGAAUAUGAACCUGACCUUAUUACAAAUAAGCUAAAGUGUGAGUGCAAUGAUACAAAGGGUGAGUUUUACAGUGUGACUGAAAGUAAAGAGGAGGACGCCUUGUUAACCACAGCCAAGGAAGGUUUUGCAUGCCCUGAAAAAGAAACUCCUUCCUUAAACCCACUGGCUCAGAGUCAGGGCCUUUCAUGCACUUUAGGUUCUCCAAAACCUGAGGAUGGGGAAUAUAAAUUUGGUGCCAGGGUAAGAAAAAAUUACCGGACACUAGUACUGGGAAAGCGACCUGUACUUCAGACACCUCCAGUCAAACCAAAUCUGAAAUCAGCUAGAAGUCCUCGUCCUACAGGUAAAACUGAGACACAUGAAGGAACACUGGAUGAUUUUACAGUCAUAAACAGACGAAAAAAGGUAGCCAGCAAUGUAGCAUCAACAGUGAAAAGGCCAUUUAAUUUCAUGGCAAAUUUUCCUUGUCCACCAUCACUCAUUAUUGGGAAGGAUGGGGAUUUGUGGCCGGCGUAUUCCUUAAACACCACUAAGGAUUCCCAACCUCCUCACAAGGCCCAUCCUAUAUGGAAAUGGCAGCUGGGCGGUUCUGCAAUACCUCUUCCACCUAGUCACAAAUUCAGGAAAUUUAAUUCAUAAGAGCAUUUUGGAAGAUAUUUUCUUGAACCAUAUUACCUUCCUUUUGUUGUAAACUGCACAGGAUGGUUUGUACAAGUCCAUUAAUGUGUUACACCCCUUUUGGAGUCCUGGUUUAUCGCAUUUUGAAGACAGAAAUCGGAUUACUUUUUUUUUUUCCAUUGCGGGGUUGGUUUUGUUUUUUU